AUGAUUUCUACAAUGUUAAUUGAAGGAAUUGGUGAUGAUGUCAUUAUUGUUGCUACCAUCUUAUUCUUUGUUUGUGUAAUUGCAUUUGCUUGGUUAUCGACAUAUGUGAAUCAUAUUCAUUUUCCGACAACCUUGUUUAUCAUCGAAAGACGCAGUAGACGACGAAACAGUCAGCAUGACACCACCACUGAAACUGCAUCCGACAUCCAAGUACAAACAGAUGAACAUCAGCCUGAUAGUAAUAACCAUAAUGGCCUUGUGAGAGAAACAAUUAAUGAAGCACUCAAUUAUGACUUACAAGAUCAUCAUUUUCCAUCUGGAAGUGAAACUCAGACUGAAGUUGAUUCAGAUUUAGAAUCAAGUGAAAAUGAAGAAUCAUUUUUAUCCGAUCCGUUAACGACUAAUUCAGCUGAAUCCUCUGUUGUCACAUGUGCUUGCCCAAGUCCAUCAUCACAAGACAGAAUUACGGACGAAUCGAAUGACCUAUCCAAACGAAAUCAAAAUAAUGACAACGAUAAAACUACGAAUAGCGAUGUACCUCUACUGGUCAACGAAAAUUCAUUACACAUUUUAAUCAAAUUUUUGAACGAUACGCAAAAAGCAAUUCUGUUUAGUCUCUACGAUGUUUAUUUUAGACUGUACUUUGCCGAUGAACUGGCUGAUAAUAAAAGUGUGAGAUUUAUUUAUCAAGGACGCGUACUAGACGAUAAAUACACACUACGAUCAUACAAUAUCAAGGACCAAACAACAAUUCACUGCCAAAUAUCACAAGUAGGACGACUAUCACCAACGACAUCAACACAGCAACAACAGAAUAAUUCUCAGCAAACAUACGAUCAUCCAUAUAUUGACUCAGCACUUAUUGAUACAUCAUCAUUUCUAAUUUUAUUACUUGGUUUAAUGCUCUGUGUUGUUUGGUUUCUUCGUGUUAAAUGUCGUCAGUUAUUUACACCAAUAUCAACGUUAAUGUUGAUUAUCAUCACACUUAUGUUUUUGAUAUUUACAUUUGGUACGUAUGUAUCACCUCGAUUAAGACAAACAACGCGAACAAUAUCCGUUACAUCACCAACAUCUCACGUACAGCAUGUUCAUAUUGAUUAG